GUGAUCCGGACCGACACGUUCAAGCACCUGCGGCACCUGGAGAUCCUGCAGCUGAGCAAGAACCUGGUGCGCAAGAUCGAGGUGGGCGCCUUCAACGGGCUGCCCAGCCUCAACACGCUGGAGCUCUUCGACAACCGGCUGACCACGGUGCCCACGCAGGCCUUCGAGUACCUGUCCAAGCUGCGCGAGCUGUGGCUGCGCAACAACCCCAUCGAGAGCAUCCCCUCGUACGCCUUCAACCGUGUGCCGUCGCUGCGGCGGCUCGACCUGGGGGAGCUCAAGCGGCUCGAGUACAUCUCGGAGGCCGCCUUCGAGGGGCUCGUCAACCUGCGCUACCUCAACCUGGGCAUGUGCAACCUGAAGGACAUCCCCAACCUGACGGCGCUGGUGCGGCUCGAGGAGCUCGAGCUCUCGGGCAACCGGCUCGACCUCAUCCGGCCGGGCUCGUUCCAGGGCCUGACGAGCCUGCGCAAACUGUGGCUCAUGCACGCGCAGGUGGGCACCAUCGAGCGCAACGCCUUCGACGACCUCAAGUCCCUGGAGGAGCUCAACCUGUCCCACAACAACCUCAUGUCGCUGCCGCACGACCUCUUCACGCCGCUGCACCGGCUCGAGCGCGUGCACCUCAACCACAACCCGUGGCACUGCAACUGCGACGUGCUGUGGCUCAGCUGGUGGCUCAAGGAGACGGUGCCCAGCAACACCACGUGCUGCGCGCGCUGCCACGCCCCCGCCGGCCUCAAGGGCCGCUACAUCGGCGAGCUGGACCAGUCGCACUUCACGUGCUACGCGCCCGUCAUCGUGGAGCCCCCGACGGACCUGAACGUCACCGAGGGCAUGGCGGCCGAGCUCAAGUGCCGCACCGGCACCUCCAUGACCUCGGUCAACUGGCUGACGCCCAACGGCACGCUGAUGACCCACGGCUCCUACCGCGUGCGCAUCUCCGUGCUGCACGACGGGACGCUCAACUUCACCAACGUCACGGUGCAGGACACGGGCCAGUACACGUGCAUGGUGACCAACUCGGCCGGCAACACCACGGCCUCGGCCACGCUCAACGUCUCCGCCGUGGACCCCGUGGGGGCGGCCGGGCCCGGCGGCGGGCCCGGGGGCUCCAGCGGGGGCGGCUACACCUACUUCACCACGGUCACCGUGGAGACGCUGGAGACGCAGUCCGGGGACGAGAUCCUGCUGCCCCGCGGGACCGAGAAGGAGCCCCCGGGGCCCACGACGGACGGCGGCUGGGGCGGGGCCCCCCGCGAGCUCGGAGGCCCGGCCGCGUCCUCCACCACGGCCCCGGCGCCCCGCUCCUCGCGGCCCACGGAGAAGGCGUUCACGGUCCCCAUCACGGACGUGACGGAGAACGCGCUCAAGGACCUGGACGACGUCAUGAAGACCACGAAGAUCAUCAUCGGCUGCUUCGUGGCCAUCACCUUCAUGGCCGCCGUGAUGCUCGUGGCCUUCUACAAGCUCCGCAAGCAGCACCAGCUGCACAAGCACCACGGCCCCACCCGCACCGUGGAGAUCAUCAACGUGGAGGACGAGCUGCCCGCCGCCUCGGCCGUGUCCGUGGCCGCGGCCGCCGCCGUGGCCGGAGUGGGCGGGGGCGGGGACAGCCACUUGGCCCUGCCCGCCCUGGAGCGCGACCAUCUCAACCACCACCACUAUGUGGCCGCUGCCUUCAAGGCCCAUUACAGCAGCAACCCGGGGGGCGGGGGCUGCGGGGGCAAGGGCCCCCCCGGGCUCAACUCCAUCCACGAACCUUUGCUCUUCAAGAGUAGCUCCAAGGAGAACGUGCAGGAGACGCAGAUCUGA